CAAAACCUAACGAAGGAACCCUGUGGAAAGGAAAACGGCUUGAAAGGGUUUUCGACUUUUGAAAACUUUUUGAAGGUUUCCGCUGUCACACUUCUACAAGCUGCAGAGCGGAGCGUGUGGCGUAGGCGACGGAGUGCCGCAAAAACUAUCGGUUUGGCCAUGGCCAGUGAGAACGAAGCAGCUCCUCUGCAGAAAGCUAUCGCCGGCCAGGUCGAGCCGCGUUUUCUCUCCACCACUGGAGACGAAUCGAUAAUGCUUCUUGUCGCUGACGUCGCCCGUACGUUGCCUCCGCUGGCUGUGAAGGACUUGCUAUCCAUCGGGGUAUGUGUGCGGUGCAUCUUUCGACUUUUUGGUGUUUCCGAGUGUUUUUACUCUUGCUCCUUCCUCUCACCAUUAAUCCUGUUUGCGGCUCUUGGAAAAGUAAUGGGUUUAGAUGGAGUUAUGGGAGAUAAUGUUUCCAAAGCAAAUAAGGAACCGAGUAAUCAACAUUCUUUUGGAGAAUCAGAAUUGGAGCCUAAUCCAUGCAGAAUUUGUCUAGGCAUCUUACAAUUUUCUUAUUGUGAUGACAAAGGGACAGUUGUAAAAAGGGUUUGUGCCAACGACUUUGCUGUAUUAAUUGCUGAAGUGGUAAAGCAAGAAGGCCAUCAGAUUGAAAAUUUUUCUCUUGAAAUCUCUAUACCAACUACUGUCAUGGAGAAUGAACAAGCAGUUCGGUUGUAUAUGAAAGGGAAGUAUGAUUCUGAAUCUUGGUUAGAGAAGUUUCUUUCUGAACAAAUUUCUGCCAAAGAUUUCUUGAAGUUAUCUGUUACAGCUCCCUUAGAAAUAUUAUUGGUAAUUUCAGAUUCCCUUCGCUAUUCUGCUGGUUUUGCUGUCUCAUUUCAUAAUGUACAAAUGCUGAAAGAGCCAUGGAAAAAGCUCCUUAUUUGGAUUGCAAUGAUCUUGCAGGAUACGAACUCUAGUCUUGGUAGCUCUUUUCGCAUUCGUUUGACAUAUACCCACUCUGAGGAGUCAAUAAAGGUUCAGUCUUUCACAGGGAAGAAAGAAUGCAACAAGAGAAGGAAAAUAGCUGGCAUGGAGCAUUCUGAUUCUGCCAGCAGUGAAGAAAAUGUGAGCAAUAGGUCUUUCAAUGGGUUGCACAAUCACGACUCUACAGAUUCUCAAAAAUUCCAAUUUGAGAAGGUCUGCCGACUCUGCUGUUUGACAAUUCUUUGCUAUAGGACUCCUGUCUACAUUGGUGGGAGGUACCUGAAGUAUUCACGCAAUGUGAGUCAGACUCGUUGGAUAAUUGAUGAUGAGAGAAUGGGAGAAGCAUCUGUUGAGGAGAUAAUUGCCUGCAACAUCCUUCCUAUAUGUCGGGGCGAUAGUUACAAGUUCCAUGCUGCUGGUAGAGAAGACAUUGAUGUCCGCAUGUUAGGCUCAGGUCGCCCUUUCUUAGUUGAGAUUCAAAAUGCACGCCAUGUUCCUUCCGAGAUGUCCAUAAAAGAAAUAGAAGGGAAAAUAAAUAGCCUGGAAAAGAAGCUGGUUAGAGUAAAAAAUAUCAAGGUCUUGGGUAGCCAGGGAUGGAGCCUGAUGCGUGAAGGAGAAGCAGAGAAACAGAAGCAAUAUGUUGCACUUGUUUGGAUUUCACAGUCACUUGAGAAUGAUGACUUGAAGACCCUAUCUUCACUAAAGGACAUGCCAAUUUUACAGAGAACUCCAAUUCGUGUACUUCAUCGCCGAAGUCCGUUAGAGCGGCAAAAGAUCAUACAUUGGAUGAAAAUAGAGCAAAUUGCUGGAAGUUCUCAAUAUUUUCUCCUACAUUUAUGCACCCAGGCUGGGACCUACAUCAAGGAAUUUGUCCACGGUGAUCUUGGACGCACCCAUCCUAGCAUUGGUUCAAUUCUUGGAUGCAGAGCAGAAAUAGUGCAACUUGAUGUCACGGAUGUUAAAAUGGAUUGCUUCCUACCUUAAUGACGGUUUCUAUUCGGUGGUACAAUGGAGAGGUUGCCUUCUGGUGCACUUGCACCGAAAUUUUUUAUCACGUGCGAAUUUUCCUAAUUUUCUCGUUUUACUAUAGUGGGUGCGAUUGGAUCUAAUCUCAGUAUGGAUGCCUGUCGGGAUGAGUUCGGAUAGAUAUUAGGCCCAAUAAUAACAAAACGCUUGGUUUAUGGUUGUCAAUUAAAGUGCGGUCGUAUGUCGAAAUAUUAUAUUCAACUGUUUGUCAAUGGCACAACAGUAUAUGGAAAUGGGCUACGGAUGUCGCAGUUGUCAAUAUGAUUUGGUUUUCUGGCCUGUUACGAUGAAACUGGGUUUUCUGGCGGUGGCGAGCUUCUGGGUAAACCAACAGCAAAUUGAAAAGCUUAAAUGGAUCUGGAUGCUGGAUGGUAUACUGGGUGGACGUGUGUCCAAUAUUGAAAUAUUUUUUGUUCCCGAUGUGGAAUUCAGUGGGCUGUAGGCCCAACAUGAAGUGGUACCGGAUUUGAUUGGUCCAAAAUAACUCAUUUGGGCUUUAACCACCCAAAAAGUCGGCCCAUUGUUUUAUAGGCUUGUGGCCCAGAUGCUACUGUUGCUGGACUGUAGCGGGCCAAAUUGCCAUACUGUGUUUCUUUUUGCCCCAUUUGAGAAUAAAGAAGGGCCUAGUUGUAGUGGCUGUGUGGUUAAUUAACAAUAUAUUUGAUUGUAAAUGCUUAUUAGUGGCUCAAUUCUUAUAGACUAAAUGAUAAGAGGUAAUAACUGUGCCCAAAGUAAAAAUCAUUUGGGCCUCAGGCAGUGAUUCUUCUAUAAUUAUUUAUCAUGUAAUAUGCAUUUCCGUGUGUCAAUUUGUGAGAUA